AUGCCGCUGCCGAAGAAUGCAUAUAUAAGCGACGUCUGGAAGGACGGCGUAUUCGAUAACAAGGUCGUCUUCUGCACUGGGGGUUCGGGCACAAUAUGUAGUGCCCAGGUUCGUGCCCUCGUUCACUUGGGAGCGAACGCAUGUAUCGUCGGCCGCAAUGUCGAGAAGACCGAGAACAUGGCCAAGGACAUCGCCACGGCUCGUGCGGGUUCGAAGGUGCUAGGUAUCGGCGCAGUUGAUGUCCGCAACUUUGAGAGUGUCAAGAAGGCCGUAGACCGAUGUGUGGAGGAGCUGGGCGCAGUCGAUUUUGUGAUCGCUGGAGCUGCAGGGAACUUCCUUGCGUCGAUCAAUCAGCUCUCUGUCAAUGCAUUCAAAGCAGUCAUGGAUAUCGACGUCCAAGGCUCUUACAACACACUAAAGGCAACCAUCCCUCAUCUGGUAAAAUCGGCUGCAAAACAUAAGUCUGACGGGACUACUCCUUCACCAACUGGAACUGGUGGAAGGAUAGUCUUCAUCAGCGCCACUAUCCACUACACCGGCCUGCCUCUCCAGACGCAUGUCUCCGUCGCAAAGGCGGGCGUGGAUGCUUUGUCGAAUAGCGUGGCCCUUGAGUUUGGCCCCUUGGGAGUAACAUCUAAUGUUAUUAGCCCUGGACCAAUUGGUGACACCGAGGGUAUGCGACGACUGGCCAAGGGCGAGGCAAGGAAACGCAGCGAAGCUGCAGUUCCGCUAGGCCGAUAUGGCUCUGUCAAGGAGAUUGCUGAUGCUACUAUAUACAUCUUCUCUGACUCGGGGAACUUUGUCAAUGGCUCGACGGUCGUUGUUGAUGGAGGAGCAUGGCGUAUGCAAUCUGGGUCUUCUGGAAGCGGUUUUGUCUAUCCCGACUUUCUUCUGUCAGGGGAGGAAGUUACAGGCGUUGCCGGGUUGAAGAAAUCUAAGAUCUGA